CUUUUUUCUUCUUUUUGUUUGUCGUGUGUGUGUGGAGAAAAAAAAAAGCAAUUACAGCAUGGCUUUACGAUUAUUUGCAAAAACCGCAUUCAACACUAAUUCAAAGAGUCUAACUUCUCUUCGUGCUAUUACUGCAGCAAGUUUCCACACAACAUCAGUUACAUGUCAAGCAGCCCCGGUUGAAUGGAAGAUCGAUUCUGUACGAACAGGUGUUAUUGCCAGAAAGAAGGGCAUGACAGCUUUGUGGACUGAAUCCGGUGUCCGUAUACCUGUCACAGUAUUACAGUUGGAAGAUAAUGUAGUCACAGACAUCCGCACAGAAGAAAAGCACGGUUAUACAGCAUUACAAGUCGGAUGCACCGUUAAGAAAGAAAAACAUACUACCAAGCCUCUACUUGAACACUUUAAAAAGUUGGGUGUUGGUCUUCGACAGAAAUUAUUUGAAUUUAGAGUAACAAAGGAUGCCCUUCUGCCAAUUGGCACAGAGUUAACAGCAUCACAUUUUGUAGAAGGUCAAUUUGUAGAUGUCACUGCACCUUCUAUUGGUAAAGGUUUUGCUGGUGUUAUGAAACGAUGGAACUUUAAAGGUCUUCCUGCAUCUCACGGUGUGUCAUUAACUCAUCGUUCAGCUGGUUCAACUGGUCAGCGUAAGUGGCCCAGUAAAGUGUUUAAAGGAAAAAAGAUGGCCGGUCGUCUUGGUGGUGAAAAUGUGACAGUUCAAAAUUUGAAAGUUGUAAAGGUCGAUCCAGCACUAAAUUUGGUAUUUGUCAAGGGCGCUGUUCCUGGUUUUGAUGACCAGUUUGUUAAAAUUAAGGAUGCCGUCAAGUUACGUGGAGAAAAGCUUUUCCCUAAAGAGGCUAUCCCUCCUCCUUUCCCUACCGCUAUUAAGCAAUAAAGAGCUUCUUUUUUUAUAUAUAGAUAAAAAGCUGUCAGUCAAAGCGUAACCAGAAUGCUAGUACCUCUUUAUGCAUAUCAGUUUAGCUCAUUCUCUUCAAUUGGAAAGGGUAAAGUAUUACGCCUAAAGAGCUCCAGGACUUUUUUUCUGCUUUUAGUUGCUCAGUCACUGCUUCUCUCAUUCAUUAUCUCUGCU